AUGGACGCUUCAGCCAAAGAGGACCAAGCUGAAAAAGGACAAGCAGCAUACAUUGCUCCAUUGUCCACAGCGCCAGACAGCGAAGCAGCGACUGAAGACGAAGUCCGGGAGCUAGAACAUGUCGCAGCAAGAGUGCCAGCGCGGGUUUGGCUUGCUGCAACGAUUGCAAUGGCAGAGCGGUUUGGGUACUAUGGCACACAGAGUCUCUUCCAAAACUAUCUCCAGAAUAGCCCAGGGGACCUCAUACCCGGCGCGAUGGGGUUAGGGAAGUCUCGCGCUACCACGGUUAAUUUGGCUUUCACGGUUGUGGUGAAUCUGUUGCCAUUGCCAGCGUCAAUCCUGGUCGACGGACGUUUAGGAAGAUAUAAGGCUUUGCAGAUCUUCACUGGAAUCUACGCUCUGGGAUCUGCAAUCUUGUUGGGCACUUCAUUUCCCUCGGAGAUGAAAAGCGGCGUUGCUCUUAUAGGGUUUAUUCUGGGAAGUAUUCUAAUUGCUGUGGGACUUGGAGGUGUUCAGGCUUCAGUCCAGCCUUUUGUUGCGGACCAAUAUACAGAGCACACGAUGCGGAUAAGAAUCGGAAAGAACGGCCAGCGGGUGGUAGAAAGUCGCGAACUGACCAUCCAGUACAUCUACAAUGUUUACUAUUGGAUGGUGAAUGUCGGUUCACUUGGAAGCAUUGCUACCACCUUGAUGGAGAAGUAUAUUGGCUUCUGGUCUGCGUAUCUGCUGGACCUGUGUGCCGUGGUACUUGCCGUGGUGAUUGUCCAUUUAGCGAGACCAAAGUUCGUGCAUCCUGUCCCACAAGGGUCUGUUCUUCCCCGUGCAGCACGCUGUCUAUGGUAUGCUGCCCGCGGUGGAUUCAGCCUGGACGCUGCUCGGCCAGAGUACCAGUUAGAGAAGCACAAGCGAGUGGUGCCAUGGGAUAAGGAAUUUAUUUCUGAGCUUCGAGGAGCGCUCUCUGCAUUCAAAAUCUGCAUUGGAUGGCCCAUUUUCUGGGUAUGCAUGGGACAAGGUGCUCAAGUCUCCAUCUCACAAGCCGGACAGAUGGAAACUCACGGGAUCCCCAAUGACCUUAUCAAGUCAUCGAACCCGAUCGCCUACGUGAUCUUUGGUGUGCUUGUCCAAAAACAGCUCUAUCCAUUCCUCCGACGACACAAAAUCCACUUCAGCCCCGUCAACCGCAUCAGUCUGGGAUUCUUCAUCAUGUCAAUGGCCAUGGCGUAUUCUGCAGUUGUACAGGCAAUCAUCUAUCGCUCCGGUCCCUGCUACUCCCAUCCACUGUCAUGCGCUGCGUCGGGCGGCCGCAUCCCUAACCAAGUGCAUGUCCUGCUUCAGCUGCCGACUUUCGUGAUCAUCGCGCUGGCCGAGGUGUUUUGCUGGCCGACUGGAUCAGAGUACACGUAUUCGCAUGCCCCAAAGAGCAUGAAGUCGAUUCUGCAGGCGUGCUAUAUCAGCACCGCCGGAGUAGGAUAUCUGCUAGGGAUGGCUUUGUCGCCUCUGGCUAGGGAUCCUUUACUUGUGGUGCUCUGGUCUGUAACGGCCGGGAUGAUGUUCCUGACGGCCUGCGCUUUUCGUAUCGCAUUCCGCAGAUACUAG